CAUGCCAAGUGAACGAGGUCUCUGCCUUGCUCGUCAUUGACUUGACCCCGGCUCACUCUUUCCGCGAACGAGAUAUGGAGGAGGCGAGAAGGAAAGUCAAACCCCUCUUCCUUCUUUGCCGUGCCUGAUCCGAGCAGAGGAAAGAGGAAACCGAGGUUGUGCAAUGGCGAGCGCUUUCCUCUCUUCCAUCCUAUCAAAAACCAGCCAAGUACUGGGCUUUGCUCAGAGAUCGGCAGUCUUGCCGUCUUCAUCAUCGGAUCCACGCAGCAGCGUCCUGAAAGAGCUGAAGAAGCUGGAGAGAACAUUAAAGAGGAUCCAAGCAGUGCUCCAUGACGCGCAGGAGAGGGAGAUACGAGAGGAAUCCGUCAAGCUCUGGCUGAAGGAGCUUAAAGCAGUGGCUUAUGAAGCAGAUGACGUGCUGGACGAGUACCAGUACGAGGUACUGCGAGCCCAAGUGGAAGGCCGAGCUUCCCUCAAUGGGAAGCGAGGGGUAGGGGACGACCAGGAAGAGGUUUCAAUUCCGGACGGCAUGGGGGAUAGAAUCAGGGACAUCAGGGAGAGGUUCGAUGAGAUCUCUCAGGAUCGGGAACGCCUCCGUUUAAGAGAGGAAGAUGGAAAGCGACGGGUCCUCGAAGCUCCAUACCCCGCACCAACCAGCCACAUGAUGGAUGAGUCGAGUAUUUAUGGAAGGGAAGACGACAAGCAGAAAGUAAUUGAUUUGCUGUUUUCCGAGGGUGGGGAAAAUGGUGUCUCCGUCAUUCCGAUCGUUGGCAUGGGGGGACUGGGAAAAACAAUACUUCAUUGA